AUUCAUUGAUCAUUUCCAUCUUCUUCUGUUUUAGUCAGCCUUUUAACAAAUAUUUGCUUAUAGUGUUUUGGAGAUUUCGUUGUGUUUAUGGUUUUUACAGUACGAAUUAGUUCAAUACUUUAAACAAAAGUGUUGACUGAUCCCCAUGUGGAUCUAUGGGUGGAUAAACUAGGGGUCCUAAUUAACAAAUUUGAUCCUAAACCUUUGACCUGUUACUUUUUUCAAUCUCUACCAAUUUUAUCAUCCUGUUUAUUCAUAAAGAUUAAGCAUUUUAUUCUGUAUCAAACAUUUGAAAACUGUGACAUUUCCCCACGUAUUCUAGAACAAGUUCUGAUUUACUCAUUUAAAUUUGUUUGUUCUUCUUAAUUAUGAUAUAAUAGUGGUUUUAGCUUCUUUCUCUUAGAAAACUGUAAUGAUGUAAAGGUUUAGCUUGAUUGUUUUUUUUUUCUUUGAAAUGUGUUACCAAUAGGGUUCAACCCCUUGCCACCAAAGAGGAAAGUUCCACCUUUUGCCACUGGCACCUUAGCAUCUUUUUAUGUUUAGCUUGAUUAUUUUUUUGUUGAAUAUGCUGUCUUUGACAUGUUAUUUCGGAAAUCAUCCAACAGUUGCCAUGGAAUAUGUUUUUUCUUGAAAAAUAUUUAUCAAAGGAGAAUAUGCUUUUCUUGAAAAGUGAAAACCAUCUAGGAGCUUACUUGUAUUUCUGUUCACUUUCAAUGUUAUCGAAGGCGCGCUUAAGCCCUGAAGUGAGGCUCAAAACAUGUUGAGCGCUUCACUUUGCUUAGGGCGCUUCAGUGUUGUCAUCCGUGGCGAAGCCAGGAAAUUCAAUAAGGGUGUUCAAAGUCUAUUUUUAAUCAAUAACAAGUAAUAUUUUACCUUAUACAUAGUAUAAUUUUUCGGCGAAGGGUGUCCGGUUGACCACCCUUGGACCAACAUAGCUUCGCCCCUGGUUGUCAUCAAGGCUCUAAGGCAUACUUUUCCUUGCUAAUGAGCGUAAUCUGGAAGAGGCAAUACUAAACAAUUGAUAUUUCAUUUUGUCGUAUAUUUUCUUCAAUUCUUUGUCCAUAUAUUUGGUAUUCAUGCUUAAAAAUAUUAGUCUUGGACUACACAUACAUAUUUGUAGUUCUUCUCCAUUUGCCCCUUUCUUCGUUAAAGCCCACACUUUAUUUGCGCUUAAAGCCCCAACAGACUUUAGAGCUUUUUUGCGCUUUUCGCCUUUGAUAACACCGUUCACUUUUAUGUUUUUGAGUUUCUUAGCUUAUUUCAUAUGUAAACUAACAAAAUUUCUCCACUGAUGCAGUGAGCUUGCAUGGAUGAUUUCAUUGAUUAAGUGAAGCUAGGUGGUCAAUGGAAUCGUGAGCAGCAGAGGAAGUAACUGAGAUCAGCAUCAGAGUUGUUCUUCAUUUCCUGAUUUGUUCUCGAAGUAAGAAUGAGGAUAGUCGGAUUGACCGGAGGAAUUGCUUCAGGGAAGAGUUCUGUCUCCAAUCUUUUCAAAGCUCAUGGUAUUCCUGUUGUCGAUGCUGAUAUUGUAGCUCGUAACGUUUUGAAGAAAGGAACUGGUGGUUGGAAAAAAGUUGUGUCUGCAUUUGGUGAGGACAUCUUACUGGACAAUGGAGAAGUUGAUCGUGCAAAGUUAGGUCAAAUAGUAUUCUCUGAUCCAGGAAAGCGUCAGCUUCUUAAUAGGUUGCUAGCACCAUUUAUCUCACGUGGUAUUUUAAUGGAAGUUUUGAAGCUAUGGAUGAAGGGUUGCUCCAUUAUUGUUCUUGAUGUUCCUCUUUUGUUUGAGGCCAAGAUGGAUAAGUGGACUAAACCCAUUGUUGUCGUUUGGGUCGAUCCUGAGACGCAGCUGCAGCGGCUCAUGACGAGAGAUGGAUCGACGGAGGAGGAGGCCAAGAGCAGAAUAAAUGCACAGAUGUCACUGGAUCUUAAGAGAUCAAAGGCAGAUAUUGUGAUUGAUAACACUGGCACACUUGAGGCUUUGCAUGAAGAAUUCCAGAAAGUGUUAAUUCAGAUUACAAAGCCCUUGACCUGGACCGAGUUGAUGCUCUCAAGAAAGGGAGCUUUUUUGGCGUUGUUCUCCAUUUUUGUCGGUGUUGCUAUUUGCCAGAAAAGUUCAUGAAGGUAAUAUCUCACAUAAUUUGAUCCAACACUAUGCAUGCAUCUCUGGAUGGCAGAAGACUUACUCCUUAAUCGAGUACUACUGUGUAUGUACUAUUUGUUUAAAAAAGCUGUAUGUACUUCCAACAUGAGCGUUUGUGCUUUAUUAGAUACUCGUUCAAGAUGUUAAAGUGAAGUACGAUAAUUUGAUUAUACAUUUGGACUGAUUCAUUAAAAGCAGGGAUUAUGAUACAUUUUGGAAUUUCGUUGGAGCAUCUGGAUCUGAUGCGUAUUGAAAUAAACCCCCAGAUACGGUUGGCA